UGACGGUAUUUCUUGUACCCUAUUUUUCUGUAUAUUUUUUGGACCAUCAAUAUUUUCAUGGCAUGUUCUGUGCUAUUUACAGAGAUUUCAUCGGACUUUCUUUGUUUGCUAUAUUGGCUUUGUUAUCUUUGACGGACAUUUUACCCUUCACACAUAAAUUUCUUUUAAUUUUAUCCUGUUAUAAUGUUGUGUUUUUGAUGGGGUAUGUUGAUCCGGCUAUCCGGGUCGAUUGAUUUUGGACAGAAGAACAAUUAUUCAUUGGUCUUUUCUGGAACCCUUUCUGCAUCAAAGCUUUGUAGAGGGAAACCUUCCAAGCGUCGGAUCGAUAAAUUUCUGACAAUGCAGCAACAAACGGGGCAGCUCGAGGCAGAGCUGCAACGGAUCAGGGAAAAAUUGAGCGUUGUCGAGAUAGAAAGAGAUCAAGCCCUUGAUGAAAUUAGACGGGUAGAAAGAGAGCACGCUCGUGAUGAACUUAGAAGGGCUACAGAAGCUCACGAGGCAAAUGCUGAAGCAUUGUCUCCCGAAAAGACUAGAGAACUAAUGAUGGAGCUCAAAAGAUUGAAUGAACUGCUAUCGAAUUCACAAGAAGAAAUGAAGGUUAAAGAUGACAAAAUUGAGUUUUUGGAACUGGGAUGUGGAAAGGAGAAAGAGUUUGAGCUUGCAUUGGCAGAGAGAGAUGCAUCUUUAGAUACUUUGAAAGAGUCGGAAGGACGGAUGACAGAUCCUCUGUCUGAAAGCAAGAAAAGAAUUCAUGAGUUAGAAACAAUCCAGAGUAAAGAACUACAGGACACGAAGAAUGAACUUGAAGAAUCGAAGCAUGAAAUCACCUCUCUUCAUAAGAAGAUUGAGACGUCGGAAAAUUUUAAUGUUAGUACCAACAGAAAUAAUCGUGAUUCUGGUGAAGAAGAUGUUAAAUAUCAGAUGGAGAAUCUGGCUCAUGCCGAAGAAGGUGAGAAGCAAGCUUCAUUGAAGGCCAAGAGUCCUCUUGAUGAGAUGGAAUUGCUCAAGAAUGAAUUGAAAUUGGCCAUUGAGGCGGAAGAAAAGAGCACGAAGGCCAUGGAAGAUUUAGCAUUGGUGCUGAAGGAAGUUGCUACAGAAGCCAGUCAAACAAAGCAAGAACUCAAUAAUUCACAAAUGGAACUUGUGCAAGUAAGAAGUGAAGCAGAAGGACUUAAAGCAAUGGUGCAGAGCACCGAGGAAAGGUAUCAAAAACUUUUGGAAGAAGCUAAGCAAGAAGCAGAAUUACACAGAAAUACUGCAGACAGACUGAAAUUAGAAGCUGAAGAGUCACUUUUGGCUUGGAAUGGGAAAGAAAUGGGGUUUGUUAGCUGUAUAAAAAGAGCUGAAGAAGAAAAUGCUAUUAUGAACCAUGAAUGUGCUAAACUUAGGGAGUCCCUCAAGGCUUCUGAGCAUACAAGUAGGGUAGCAAGGGAAGAAACGUUUAAAUUGAGGGACAUUCUUAAGCAGGCUCUUAAUGAAGCUAAUGCUGCAAAAGCGGCUGCAGGCAUUGCCAUAGAUGAAAAUUCUCAACUCAAGGAUUGCCUUUCUGAGAAAGAUGAUGCCUUACUUUUUCUUACUCGAGAGAAUGAACGUCUUAGAAUUAACGAGGCUGCAGCUCGUGAGAAUAUGAAGGAGUAUAAAAAGUUGCUUUCUACAGCAUCAACAGAAUUGAAGAUUGAGGAUAAGGAGCAGUACAUAAUGCUGAAGCCACCAGAUUCAGUGGACCAAGAACAUGAGGACGAGAAUCUGAACAGCACUUUCAGCUUCAAUCUUGAAGACCUGAAGUUUAUGAAUGAAGCUGAAGAUGCAUAUGUAAAAGAUUUAGAUGAAGAUCCUGAGAAAGCAGAAGCCCUAAGAGGCUCGAUAUUUGAUGCUAAUGCAGAAACACCUAAGGCAGAGCCUCGUACACCACAGUCAGUUUCUUUGCAUCGGAGGAUAUAUUCUUCCUUCUUUAAGGAUGAUGGAGGAAAACCAAAUUUAGAAGAUUUUGAUCAUUUAGACAGCACACAUGAUGAUCCAGAUAGUGAUAGAAAUUACCAUAGAAGAAGGAGAACAAUGUUUCGCCGGGUUGGAGAUCUCCUGAUGAUCAGAAGAAGUUUUCACAAAAAGGAACCAUCCACCGAGUAUCACAAGAAGGAAUUAUCCACUGAGAAUCAGAAAAGGGAACCAUCCACUGAGAAUCACAAAAUGGAAUCAACCACCACCGAGAGUCACAAAAAGGAACCUUCCACCGAGAAUCACAAAAAGGAAUCAUCCACUGAGUAGGAUCUUAUUUUACAUCCCUGACUGAAACUGGUAAAAUUAUUUUGGUAGUGUUAAUCUUUGUUAUAAGUACAGGAAAAACAUGUUAUGUGUAUCAAUAAAACAUAGAAUUUAGAGGUUCACCUUAGUUUUCUUAGUACCCUACUAUUUGUAAGGAGCUCUUGUCAUAUAAGAGAUUCUUUUUGGUCAAAUGUUUGCUACAAUUUUGCAUGGAAAUGCACUCUGUUCCUUGUUAUU